CCCUCCUCACUCUCACCUUCCACCUCACCGCUAUCUCCAAACACCAUGGUCUUCAAGGUCGCUGAUGUCUCUCUCGCUGCGUUCGGUCGCAAGGAGAUCGAGAUCGCUGAGCAUGAGAUGCCUGGACUCAUGUACAUGAGGCAGAAGUACGGCGCUUCCAAGCCGCUCAAGGGCUCCCGUAUCGCCGGCUGCCUUCACAUGACCAUCCAGACCGCUGUUCUCAUCGAGACCUUGACGGCUCUUGGUGCCGAGGUGUCUUGGUCGUCCUGCAACAUCUUCUCGACUCAGGACCAUGCUGCGGCUGCCAUCGCUGCCACUGGUGUUCCCGUGUUCGCCUGGAAGGGCGAGACCGAGGAGGAGUACCUCUGGUGCAUUGACCAGACUUUGUCUGCGUUCUCGGGCAACCAGCCUUUGAACAUGAUCCUCGACGACGGUGGUGAUCUUACCACCCUCGUUCACGACAAGUACCCCCAGUAUCUCGCUGGCAUCCGUGGCUUGUCCGAGGAGACCACCACCGGCGUCCACCACCUCUACAAGAUGUUCCGUGAUGGGAAGCUCAAGGUGCCCGCUAUCAACGUCAACGACUCCGUUACCAAGUCGAAGUUCGACAACUACUACGGCUGCCGCGAGUCCCUCGUUGACGGCAUCAAGCGUGCCACGGACGUCAUGCUCGCCGGGAAGGUCGCUGUUGUCGCCGGCUUCGGUGACGUCGGCAAGGGCUGCGCCGAGUCUCUCCGUUCUUACGGAGCUCGUGUCCUCAUCACCGAGAUCGACCCCAUCAACGCCCUCCAGGCUGCGAUGGCUGGUUACGAGGUCACCACCAUGGAGGAGGCUGCUCCCCGUGCCAACGUCUUCGUCACCACCACUGGUAACCGGGACAUCAUCACCGCGAAGCACUUCGAGGUUAUGCCUGAGGAUGCGAUCGUUUCGAACAUCGGUCACUUCGAUGUCGAGAUUGACGUUGCGUGGUUGAAGAAGAAUGCCGUCCAGGCCGUCAACGUCAAGCCCCAGGUUGACCGCUACACCAUGGCCAGCGGCCGUCACAUCAUCCUCCUUGCUGAGGGUCGCCUUGUGAACUUGGGAUGCGCCACUGGCCACCCCUCGUUCGUGAUGUCCUGCUCGUUCGCCAACCAGGUCCUCGCCCAGAUUGCCCUCUGGACUAACCCCGGAAAGUUCGAGCUCGGCGUCCACAUGCUCCCCAAGGAGCUCGACGAGGAAGUCGCGCGCGCGCACUUGGCCCAGCUCAACGUGAAGCUCACGACGCUCACGCCCGAGCAGGCGACCUACCUCGACAUCCCCGCCAACGGCCCGUACAAGCCGUCGCACUACCGCUACUAGAUGCUCUCGUCGUGACGUGCUUCGCUGCGUAGACGAACAUCGGCCUCAACGCGCCCACUCCAGAAAAGAUCCGAUACGUAUGGGAUCCUCAACGACCCUCGAGGUUAGGUUGGAGGCAGGGUGGUGGCUGGACGUCCCGCCCGGUGGCAUUCGAUGCCGGGCGAGGAGGUGACGCCGAGUUUGCCGUGUCGAGACGGCUGGGGUGAUGAUGCCGUCGUAUGGGCCUCAACGCGCCCUUCUCAUGUAUGUCGUACGAGCGGAUGAUUGGAUGGUUAUGUGUUGCAUCGUCUGUGAAACAUUGUUUUGCGAGCCUGCGAA